GCCGGCGGCCUGUCAGUCACGGCGGGGUCGUCUUCCGCCUUCCCGCCUUCCCUUCCGGGGCUGCCUGUGAGGGAAGAGAGAGAGAGGCCUGGUUGGAGUCGCGGGGAGGAGGCGAAGCUACCCUUCACUUCAGCCGCUCGCUCUCGGGCCCCUUUCCCCACGGAAGAAGGAGCCAUGGACACGCUGGGCCGGAAAGUGGUCGUCUGCGACAACGGCACCGGGGUGAGGAGGAGCCGCCUCGCUUCCUGGAGCGGCGGCCGCGACUGAGCUCUUCCCCCCCCUCCCCAUUAUACGAGGGCGGGAAGGGCUGGCGGCUCUCGCGUCAACCGCCUUUCCCCACCUCACCUCAGUAGCCUGGAGGGGAAACCCUAGUGGGUGUCUGGCCCGCCACACGGGGGAGCGGGGCCUGAGGCGGGGUGGGUGCGGGGUCUGGGAGGUAAGGCGUUAGCCCACCCUGCCAAAUAAUUAUACACAGGUAGGUAGCCGUGUUGGUCUGCCGUAGUCCAAACAAAAUAAAAUAAAAAAAUAUUUCCUUCCAGUAGCACCUUAGAGACCAACUAAGUUAUUGGUAUGAGCUUUCCUGGUGUUUAAUUUUCAUCCCUGAUCUCGGCCCUGAAUGGGAAGCCCGGACUUUGAAAGUCAUCUAAUCUCCCUUGCUGUAUUAUACUGUAUUGUUUAAUUAGUGUUUUUAUGGAGCAGUCAAGUAAUUUCGUUGUCCCCGAAGGGGGCAAUGACAAAGAUAUUAUUAUUAUUAUUAUUAUUAUUGGUAUGAGCUUUGCAUGCACAUGAAAGUUCACACCCAAUAACUAUCUUAGUUGGUCUCUAAGGUGCUACUGGAAGGAUUUUAUUUUAUUUUGUUUCAAAUAAUUAUAUACAGUGGUACCUCGGGUUACAGACGCUUCAGGUUACAGACGCUUCAGGUUACAGACUCCGCUAACCCAGAAAUAGUGCUUCAGGUUAAGAACUUUGCUUCAGGAUGAGAACAGAAAUCGUGCUCCGGAGACGAGCCAGCAGCAGGAGGCCCCAUUAGCUAAAGUGGUGCUUCAGGUUAAGAACAGUUUCAGGUUAAGAACGGACCUCCAGAACGAAUUAAGUACUUAACCCGAGGUACCACUGUAGUUAUAUACUCUGCGGUUUUCCCCUGAGAAGGACUCAAGGCGGCUUACAGAUUAAAAAAGAAGAAGAACAUCUCUAAAGCAUACGGCGGGGGUGGGGAGAGAAACACCGCCCAUUGAGAAACUAUUAAACAUCAAUGAGCUGCAAUCCUUUGAGUCCUUUUGAGGUGCUAGUAGAAGAAGCUAGAAUGAUCCUUCCUCUUUCUCCUCCCUGGCAUAAGUAGCUUUUAACUUGCCGAAGGUGCGCGCGUGCCUAAGUUAAGCAUUUCCUCUCAUACUGCCACGCUUUCUUUAAACGAAUUCUUUCGCUUUUUCUCUGAAUUGUUGCAUCCCUAUCCCACACUUUCAUAAAAGGAGCUAAAGGUGGCGUUGUCACAUUCUCCCAUCUUAUCCUCACAACAACGCUGUGAGGCGGGUUAGGCUGCGGGGGUGUGAGUGAUUGGCCCAAGGUGGGCUUCUUCAUGAGGUAGGGAUUUCAUCCUGCAUCACCCAAGUCCUAGUCCAGCAGUCUAGCGCUGGCACAGAAUUAGUCCCAUGGUCACUUGUAUUCCAGUUCUGUUGGAUUACAAUCCGACAGAAGUUGGAUGAGCGUCUCUCAAUUGCACACACACUCCUACCACUUUUCUUUUUUUUUUUAAAUGAUAUUUAUUGAAAAUUUUAAAAUUACAAAAGAGAACAAAAAAAGAAAAAAAAGAAAAAACAAAAAAAGACAAACCACAGUCAAACAAUACAGAUUAAUAAAAAUCAAAAUCAAAAAAUAACAUGACACAAUUAAAAAACAAAAAUAUACCACAAACAUUUAAAAACAAAUCCAAUAUUCUCAUAUCUUUAACUGUCAUUACCUUCUUUCUUUGACCUCCUCCUCCUCCCUUUUUUUGUAUCCUGAUUAUUAAUUGUCACAGCAAAUCCUUUCCAUAUUUCAUAAUAUUCUGUCAUUACUUUACCUUAAUCUAUUUUAAUCUUAUCUUACUAUGAAAACCUUAAAACUUAAAACUUAAAUCUUAUUUUUACCAAUUUCUCAUAACCAUAAUAUUCUUACAUAAUUCUUUAAACAUUUUUGCUAAAGCCAAAUAAUUUCGUUCCAACAUUUUUCUAACAUUCAUCAAUUUUAUAAAACAAUCAUAAUAAAAGAAAUAACAAUCCAAUCUUCAUCCAGCGUCUCUUCCUCCUGGACCCGGGUUUUGUCAGUCCUUUCUAUCCCAUCAAUCUAGCGCAUUAACCUGGUAACCUUAUGUCCGAGGCCCUUAAGUCUCUUCCAUGUCCCUUCCGCAGCUCUUCUUCAUAUUUAUAGCUAUAUUUUCCUUUAUCUCCUACUUCUUUCACUCUUGGGAACUCCAGCUUGACAAUGCUUUUGACCCUUCUCGACAAAUCAGCCCCUUUUCCAUAGUCCCCACUAAGCUCCAUGUGGUAUUUAAGAACAUGUUUCAAAGACCCUCCAAAAUUGAGAGCCCCCACAACCCCAAACAUCUCACGGCCCAUUGCCAGACUCGAAAAGUCCAAACCUCCCUGCAUAGGGGGGUCUAUCCAACCCCCCAUUUCCAAACCAAACCAAACUUUAUCUUUCCAAAUCUGGCUUUUUCCAAGUUCAUUUGUCAAAUCCAAGAAUUCAUGUUCCUGCUGGGCCGCAGCUCCCUCCAUCCCUGGCGCCCAAGAUUCAGCAACAUCCUCUUCCCUCAUCUGUUCUGUCAGGGCACACUCCUGAUCUAAUUCCUGGGUGGGCUCUAUAUAAUAUCCCACUGCCUGUCCAAAAUUUCUAAUCGCAUCAGUCAUAAAAUCCGUCUUCUCAUGUAGCUGUUCCAGUAGGGCACUUGUUUUACAGAAAGCACUCAACAGAGCUUCUGAAUACAUUGUCCUGCAAGGUCAGAAGUCUAUUCCCACGAUCGUAAUCUGUAACAGCUGCGAGCUUCCCGAUUCAAAAUUGGUUACAGUUUCACAGGCUCCCUCUAGGGGAAAAACUUCUGCUUGUUCUUUUCUUUUAAAAACAAAUCUAACAACAAAGUUUCCUUUUUCAGAUAUUUUGUCAAUAUUUGUUCCUUUAAAAUGCGAAGGGGAACAAUGGAAUCACUAUGUAUCUCUUCCUUUAGCUAUCUGUCAAAAACGUUUGUCUCUGGUCAAUGAGCUUCAAAGAACGUCAGUCCUGACACCCCGCUCCAGGAUCAAGACGGUGGAAAGUUACUUUACUUUACACUCACUUCUGCAGGUUUAAACAGUCCAGAAAAAAUCCCCCCUCUUCUCCUGCUUCCGAAGGGGGUUCCACAAUUUUAAAUGAUGAAAGUUAAUCCUUUAGAAGCGAUUUUCAGAACUUUAGUUUGCUGUGUCUUUGCUUUAAUCUAUCUACAAAGAAACGGAAGGCUGACUUCCUGUUUAGACCUUCCCGUUUCAGUGCCAGAUUAAAUUAAACUUUAAGUCCAGUUUCCUUUCUGCUCAUAAAUCCUUAUUUAGAGUCCAAUUGUCCGAAACUUAAGUACUCAUGGGUGGUUGUUUUAAAAGCCAAAUUGUCCCAGGAAAAAGGCAGCGCUCUCCGGCAACGGCUGUGCGGCUUCGCUCCACGGAAGAAGCAGUUGACUCUCAGCACCGCGCCACUUCCCCCUCUUCGCUCCGGAGCCCGUUAGUGGGUUCCUUUGCGGGUUGGGGGGGUUAGGGUCCCAUGGUCACAGGCUUCAUCCGCCUGUGAUUUUUGAAUGGGUCCCCACUUCGCCGUAGCGGAAAAGACCCGAUUCCUGUGGAGCUGGUCCCUCCAGUUCAGAGGGAAUCCGCCAUUGCCGAUGGCGCCACCCCGGAAGUCCCCCCACACUCCUACCACUUUUCUAACAUUUUGCCAUCUACUGGCACCUGAGUUACUUUCUUUGUAUUUGGCUGUCCCCUCAAGCUGUUUGUCACAGCUGCACGCCACUUCUCCCCUCCCUGCCUGUCCACCCCAUAUCUGUUCUCUAGGUGUGUCACUGUUGUGACUCUUUCCCUAUUUUUUAAUGUUUGAUGUUUUACUAUGCUUUUACAUAUGCUGUAAGUCGCCCAGAGUGGCUGGGAAAACCUAGCCAGAUGAGUGAGGUAUACAGAACAAAAUUAUUAUUAUAUUUAGAUAGGUAUGUGCUCACAUGGGCAUAGCCGGGGGGGGGUGUCAGGUGGCCCCCUAGAUCAAGUAAAACAAUACUGUAUUGUUUGCUUCAGCGUCCCACCCCUCAUGUUUCACAGUCAGUUAUUCAAACAAGACACCAGAGUGUUGGUUUCAGUUUUUUUCCCCUUGAAGGGCCUAGAAUCAGCAGUACUAAUAAUAGUACCUAGACUCCUCCCUCCUCUAAAAAUAUGUUCUCUAACGAAAGGUCUUUCAGUUUGAGAAUACCAAAAGUAGAAUAUUGACGUCAGAAGACUUAACCGCCUUUUUUCAGCCUGAGGCUAGAAUCAUUUUUUGUACUCUUCUCUAACAAGGUCUAAAAGGGACGCGGGUGGCGCUGUGGGUAAAAGCCUCAGCGCCUAGGACUUGCCAAUCGAAAGGUCGGCGGUUCGAAUCCCCGCGGCGGGGUGCGCUCCUGUCGCUCGGUCCCAGCGCCUGCCAACCUAGCAGUUCGAAAGCACCUUCAGGUGCAAGUAGAUAAAUAGGGACCGCUUACCAGCGGGAAGGUAAACGGCGUUCCGUGUGCUGCGCUGGCUCGCCAGAUGCAGCUUGUCACGCUGGGCACGUGACCCGGAAGUGUCUGCGGACAGCGCUGGCUCCCGGCCUAUAGAGUGAGAUGAGCGCACAACCCUAGAGUCUGGCAAGACUGGCCCGUACGGGCAGGGGUACCUUUACCUUUACCUAACAAGCCAUUAAAACAUUUCCCUCCCUGUGUAGAUUUAUUGCUUAUAGUGCUGUGGCAGGGAAUACAGUGGUACCUUGGUUUAAGAACAGCUUAGUUUAUGAACAACUUGGAUUAAGAACGCUGCAAACCCGGAAGUAGGUGUUUUGGUUUGUGAACUUUGCCUUGGAAUAAGAACAUGUUUCACUUCUUGUUGAGUGUGUUCCAUUCGUAAAUUGAGUCCCCUGCUGCAAUGGGAAAGCACGCCUUGGUUUAAGAAUGCUUUGGUCUAAGAACGGACUUCUGGAUUGGAUUAAGUUUUAAACCAAGGUACCACUGAAGGUACCACUGUUACAGCAUUUUGCACUACAGAGUGAUGAGUGGCCUGAGCUUUGGGGUGGAAUUAUUAUUAGCCUAUCGUUCACCCUAAGCUCCCACGGAGGGUUACAAGAGUUUAAAAUACAACUUUAAAGAUAUGCUGAAGUGUAAUGACUUUCUUUGCAAGUGAGUAAUGGCCCCUUAUAAAAUUGAUGCUUACUGUGACUAUUCUUUAUGUGUGUGUUUGAAACAGAUUAUCUGGCUUCUCUGUAUCACAGAGGGCUCAUUCAUUUUUUGGAAUGUAAGGCAAAGCUUCACUUUGGUUAUUGCUUGUGCUUUUUGUUGAUGAAAAAUGGUAUGCUUUCUAUCUGCAGCCUGAGCCUGUAAGUCCUAUGCACAUUUAUUGGCAGUAAGUCUCAUUGAACACAUAUGACUGCUAUGUAAAUCCUCAUUAAGAACAUAAGAAGAGGCCUCUGGAUCAGGCCAGUGACCCUUCUAGUCCAACAUUGUGUUCUCACAGUGGCCACCCAGAUGCUUGAGGGAAAUCCACUAGCAGGAUUUGAUCGCAAGAGCACUCUCUCCUUCUAUGGUUUCUAGCAGUUGGAGUUCAGAAGGAUACAGCCUUCAACUGCGGAGGCAGAGCAUUUUUAACUUUUGACGCAUUCACAAUUUAUUUUUUCAAAUAAACAUUUUUUAAAAGCUCAGGUUUUCCUUAGGGUGAAGUUAGAUGUGACAUUAAAUGCAUGUUUAAAUUUUAACAUGUAUGCUUUAAAAAAAUCACAUAGCAAGUGGAGGGGGGGGGAGCUGAUAAUUGUCAGGAUCUCAGCAGGCAUGGAGAAGGAAGUUAAGUCCUGCUAAAAUCCCUUCUCUGAAGCUGCUCUUUGCAUUUAGAGGAAACACCCUGUUGACACCAAUGGGAUUUCAGCCUAACUAAAAUGCCAGCUUCAGAAGAUGAUUUUUCUUCUAAAGUAGUCAUUCACCAACAAUUGGAACACGUUUGUAUUUCCAGUUUGUGCAGUGUUAGCACCAUCAGCAGAGAUACUUCAAAACUGAGUGUUCAGUUUAGUGUCUUUGGAUUAAUGGCAGAAUGCUUCAGGUUUGCGUAUUCUCAUUAAAACCUUAUUCUUCCAUCAGGAGAAACUAAAAUGAAUGAAGUCUACCUUAUCUGGAAAUUAUGAUGGGAAUAAUGCCAUUUAAUAUUAAUGAGAAGACCUAUUUUUCAAACAUUUGUGCUUUCCAUUUGAAGCAAUAUUUAUAGACAGCAAUUUAUUACCACUUGAUGACUUAACAGGAAGUGAGAGAGCCAGUCAUAACCACACAGCGUGUAGAAGAAACUAUAUAUGGUAAAGCAUACACUAGAUAAACCCAGCAGAUUUUCCUAAAAGAGUUUUUUUUUAAAAAAAAAGGUUAUGUUAAUGUCUAUAUUUACAAUUGUGAAGUUAGCUGGUUUAGUGCUGUAUUUCUUUUUGAAGAGGCAAAUAGUUAGCAAAUGUGCUCAGCACUGCAGUAAGCUGAAAUAGCCAGUUUUAUUCAUUUACUUAAUUAAAAUUUAAAUUAUUUAUACUUAGACUUUAAACUAAAAAAUCAAGGCAACUUAAUAGUAGAGAGACCUAAAUAAUAGGUUAAAAGCUUUCCCUGGUUACUUUACUUUGUUUUAUUUAAUUUUACCCUGGUUUUCUAUAGACAUCAGGGCACCUUAUGCCACAUAUCAAAACAGCAUAUCGCUUAAAUGCUUUUUCCCAGCAUACACAUGUAUAAAAGCUAGUAUCUAAAAUGCUUUUACUGAAGAUUGGCUUAUGUAGCUAGAGAGAGGGGGAGGAAGAGCAACGACAAAUGAGGUGUAUGCAUUUAAAACACUUAUAGGCUGCUUUUACACAAAUCCAAAGCUAUUUAUGGUGCAAAAACACUUUGCAGCACAAGGGAAAGAAACAGAUUCCCAAAUGAUCUCCUACACUGAAAAGAUCUUUCACAAUCAAUCGAAGAGCAAUCUUUGUGUGUGUUUUUCUAAAGUCUAUAGAUUUUCAUAACCAUUUAAAAACCAGUUUGAAAUAAUCAUAAAUAGACGGCUUUGGUGUGUCGAUGCAUUUUUGAAAAUAUCCUUUGACACUCUUGUGUUGAGAUCAUGACUCAACACACCCUGCAGGGUUGUGCAGGAUAUAAUAAGCCAUGGCUGGAAAACAUAAAUCACAAGAUUCGUUCAACAUGCAUUGAGAGAAAGUCAAGUCAAGUUGCCUUCAGCACCACAUGAACUUCCUGCCCAUUGAUAUUAAUUAGGCAGGCAACUUUGCUGAACUGCUUUCAACACCUGCUAAAAACAUUCUUGUUUAGGGAAGUCUCCCUAAAUACGCAAACUUGACAAGUAUUUUAGUAUGUAAUUGUAUUUUAUUAUGUGUUUUUAAAAAAACUACUUUUAAAUAUUUUGAAUUUUUAAAGAACAAAUUCUGUUUGAUUGUAUCUGGAUAUUUUAUGUAACCUGCUUAAUGGCUUUGACUAAGCAGCAUAUAAAUCUGGUAAAAUAAAAUAAAAAUCAAUUUCCCACUGAAUGGGAAGCUCUGUACACCAGCAUGCAGCCCCCAUUGCUUUCACUUCACAUGAGCAGGGAAACAAACCAGUAAGCCCAUAGCUGACCAUAGCUUCCUGUUAAGUGCAAACUGGAAACGACGGUUAAUCAUUUCCAAGCAUGCCAGCCUAAACCAGGAUGAACCACCAUUAUCUGUCCUGGGGGAAGAAUUCCAAGAGACAGGCAAAGUCUCCACAAAGAUAGUGGGACUGUCCCCUCACUAUCACAGUGCUAUUUUACCACCAACUGUGGGAAGGAUCCUAGUUGCUUUUUUUAUUUUUUAAAAAAGAAAAUUACUGUUAACAUUCUUGUUAACAUUCUUGUUAACUAACUCACAUGUUAGUUAACAUUACUGUUAACUAACAUGUGAGUGCCUGGAGGCGGUUGGAGGAUGGAUGGCGGCUAAUGGAUUGAAGUUGAAUCCUGACAAGACAGAAGUAUUGUUUUUGGGGGACAGGGGGCGGGCUGGUGUGGAGGACUCCCUGGUCCUGAAUAGGGUAACUGUGCCCCUGAAGGACCAGGUGCGCAGCCUGGGAGUCAUUUUGGACUCACAGCUGUCCAUGGAGGCGCAGGUCAAUUCUGUAUCCAGGGCAGCUGUCUACCAACUCCACCUGGUACGCAGGCUGAGACCCUACCUGCCCGCGGACUGUCUCGCCAGAGUGGUGCAUGCUCUAGUUAUCUCCCGCUUGGACUACUGCAAUGCGCUCUACGUGGGGCUACCUUUGAAGGUGACCCGGAAACUACAAUUAAUCCAGAAUGCGGCAGCUAGACUGGUGACUGGGGGCGGCCGCCGAGACCACAUAACACCGGUCUUGAAAGACCUACAUUGGCUCCCAGUACGUUUCCGAGCGCACUUCAAAGUGUUGGUGUUGACCUUUAAAGCCCUAAACGGCCUCGGCCCAGUAUACCUGAAGGAGCGUCUCCACCCCCAUCGUUCUGCCCGUACGCUGAGGUCCAGCGCCGAGGGCCUUCUGGCAGUUCCCUCAUUGCGAGAAGCAAAGCUACAGGGAACCAGGCAGAGGGCCUUCUCGGUAGUGGCGCCCACCCUGUGGAACGCCCUCCCAUCAGAUGUCAAAGCGAUAAAUAACUACCUGACAUUUAGAAGACAUCUUAAGGCAGCCCUGUUCAGGGAAGCUUUUAAUCUGUGAUAUUUUACUGUAUUUUUUGUUUCUAUGGAAGCCGCCCAGAGUGGCUGGGGAAACCAAGCCAGAUGGGCGGGGUACAAAUAAUAAAUUAUUAUUAUUAUUAUUAUUAUUAUUAUUAUUAUUAUUAUUAAUUUUUAAAAUGUAGUUUAGUGUUUCCUGUAAGCCACCUUUGAAGGAUUUAUAUUCUGAAAGGUGGGGUGUAAAUAAUUGAGAUAAAAAAUGCAUAAAUUAUAUAAAUCAAGGACAUGCAUUCUGAUUAUGCUAAUAAUUAGGGGGUUUAUAUUUGGCCACCCAGACCACUGGACUUAUUAAACAAUUUCAAAGAUUUCAUCAGGCAUUGCCUACACAACUUUCAAGCAUCUUUUUACAUAUAAAAUAUUUGGAGCAUUUUUAAAAAAUGAUGGCUGGGAUUUUCAGGAAGCUGAGUUUAGUGCACCAUGCUUAUGUACGGUACUUCACAUCAAGUAACAGAAUUCCAGCAGCUCUAUGUCUUAUAGAUACUGGCAAACCUAAGGAAAUCCCUACUGCUUAGAUUGGUUUUUUUGAAGUGUAUCCAGCCAUCAGCAAGGGAAGAAGUUAUUGCCCUUUUUAUAAUUGACAUUUCAUACAUUCAGAGGUUUUCUGUCAGCAUAAAUGCAGAAUCCAUGGAUAAAUCUAAAUCUCUAAACAGACUUUAAUAUACAUAACCAGAUGAAACUGGACUAUGUGUAUUUUUCCUUUACUGUAUUGGCCUGAAUAUAAGCCUCACCUUUCCCCCAAAUUCCGACCAUGAAAAGUUAAAUUGUGGCUUAUAUUCGCGACCUUACGGUAUGCAAACAGCACGGGGCAAACAGCGGCAGGAGUGCGGCAAAAUGGUGUCCACCCCGCGCGUAGUCCCCUGUCCUCUCCCCCAAGGUCUGGAAGGGAGAGAGCGAGGAAGGGGAAAGGCUGCCGGCAACACAGCGCGGCUCCCCCCCCCCCCCGGCAGUAUGCAGCCAGGAGCAGCAAGGAAUGGAGCGGCUUAUAUUUGGGUAUUUUUUCUUCCCCCCCCCCUCCAAUUUUAAAGGUGUGGCUUAUAUUCGGGCCAAUACGGUAAUUGUCUUUUCACGAUUUCCAGCAUUUCCUUCAUGAGAACAUUUUUAACUUAAAAUGAUAAGUGCUUGUUUGGGAAUUUGUCCAGCUAUCUUUAACUUGUUGUAGUUUUAUGUUAAAGUAACAGAACAGCAUCAACAAGCUAUUAUAAUGUAUGUGGGCGCCAACAAAUUAACUUGAAGGAUUUUUAUUUUAUCUUUCAGUUUGUGAAAUGCGGAUAUGCAGGAUCCAAUUUUCCGGAACACAUCUUCCCAGCUUUGGUUGGAAGACCAAUUAUUCGUUCAACUACCAAAGUGGGAAACAUUGAAAUCAAGGUACUAUUAAAGAACUUAAGUCCUCUGCAUGGUACUUUGGGGUGCUACCUCUCUCUUCUGGAUAACUUCUUCUAAUGUAUUAUGUGAUAAUCUAGUUGUUAAAUCAGUGCAAAUGGAAAUUGAGAUGUGGCUUCUUUAUGGACAAAAAAUACACUGAUGGCGCUAUUUAAGUACAGUCAUACCUCGGGUUACAGAUGCUUCAGGUUGUGUUUUUUUGGGUUAUGGACCCGCCGAAACCCAGAACGGGCUACUUCCGGGUUUCGGCAGUCGUACAUGCGCAGGAGCGCUAAAUUGCGCUUUGCGCAGAAGCGCCGAAUCGCAACCCGCGCUUGCGCAGACGCACCGUUGUGGGUUGCGAAUGCUGUGGGUUGCGAGCGUGCAUCCCGCACGGAUCAUGUUUGCAACCCGAGCGUCCACUGUUUUAAACUAUUGUGAGUAAGUGAGCGAGCUGAUAGCAAUAUUUUGUACAGUAGUGGUUAUUGUGUCAGACUAUGAUUGGGGAAUCCAUGCUGAAACCCAUUCAGCCAUGAAAGAUCACCUUGGACCAGUCAUUUUCCUUCAGCCUAAUCUGCUCACAGGAAGGGAAUUUUCAGGACAUUCUUGCUUCCCAUUCUCGACCCUGACAGCGCAACAGAUAAGCUGGGUAUAAUAUUUAUUCUGUGACAUUCCAGAAGACCUUUAUUCUUAUUGACUCAUUCUGUUGGAGUUUAAGAAUAUCCUUUCCUUUGAGUCAUGAUUGUUUGGGGAUCCUGGCAUUGCCCCAUUUAUUAUGUUGAGGUAUAGCAGGGGAAUCAGACUAAAUCAAGUACAGUGGUGCCUCGCAAGACGAAAUUAAUUCGUUCCGCGAGUUUUGUCGUCUUGCGAUUUUUUUCGUCUUGUGAAGCACGGUGUCGGGAAAGUUUUGGAAAAGCUUCAAAAAUCACCAAAGUCUUUAAAAACCUCAAAAAAGGCUACCACACCGCGUUCUAUGAGUUGCUCCUCGAAGUCAAGUCGCAACUGUAUUAACGGUGUUAAGAAAAAGGAAACAAACUUGCAAGAUGCUUCCAUCUUGUGAAGCAAGCCCAUAGGGAAAAUCGUCUUGCGAAGCAGCUCAAAAAACAAAAAAGCCUUUUGUCUAGCGAGUUUUUUGUCUUGCGAGGCAUUCGUCUUGCGAGGUACCACUGUAUGUGGAGAGUAGCAGGCAGAGAGCCUGCUAAAGUGAGAUUUGCUUAAGAUAUAACAUGGGUUGAUAUCAGUAGAGAGUUGUGUAUUGAUUUGUUCACUUAGGUUAUGGCCCAAAUUGCCCUCCUCAACCAACUGCAUAACCACAAGGAAAGAUGGUGGAAUUGGAGAGAUCAGACAAGCUGGCCUCAGAAUGUUUUAGUAAAACCAAAUCAUGGGGGCGGGGAAGAGCUUUCUAAAAGCAAAGGGGGUGAUUACAAACAGGCAGUACCACCUUGUAUCCAUGUUCAUGCAAUAUAACUGGAGCACUGUCAGUCACCUGCAUUUUAGUGGAGUAGUUAUAACUUGCGUUAUAUGACAGCAGUUCCAUUUCCUUGCCUUUCACUGUCUAGGAUCAUGUGUAGUUUUCCCAUCUGCUACUCCAUUCUGUGUCUAGGCUCAUGUUCAUUCUUCUUUUCUGGCCAACUUACAACAUCUCAGAUAGCGUAACAAACAGUUCUGUUUUCUCCUCCUCACGAUGCCCAAACAGAUAAACAGCUUAGAAGAAGAGAACACACCAAGCAUGGGCAGGGGGGGCAAAGAUGUUCAAAGUCUGCACCUACUUUCAAACUAUAACAGUGAUCGGCUAGCACGACUUUAGAGAAACCUUGGCUUUUACUAUGAGUAUUAAUACUAUCAAGAGUUAAACAUUAUAUUAGCACUGCCAACUUUAGAGGUCCCACAAGAAUUUUCUGUAGCCAAAUAGCACAAAUACUUAGCAGGCAUUAGGAAGAGAAGAACGAUGGCCAUCCUACUUGACUAGAUUCUGCUUUGUUACUGCUUUGGAUUAAGACCUCAUUCUACUCAAUAGGCAAUUCAGUUAUUCAUGUCCAAUCUUGAAGGCAAGGGGAAGAUGAUUCACCUUUGGGAAAGGGUGGUAGUUGAGUGGUAGAUUGUCUGGUUUGCCUGCAGAAGGACCCAGGUUCAGUCCCCAGCAUCUCCAGGUAGAACUAUGACUGUCCCCUGCCUAAAACCAUGAAAAGUUGUUGCCAGGCAGUCUAGACAAUGCAGAGCUAAAUGGGCCAACGUUCCAUCUAUAAGGCAAAUUCAUGUGUUCCUGUAAUCUGAAAAACACAUCCGUGCAAGGCUGAAGAAAACUUGAAGGAUGAGAUAGCUCUUCUCACCUGGUGUAACCCAGCUCUGGCCACCAAAAUCCAUCUUUAAUAAGUUUCACAGUGCUCAUAGAUGCCCAGGCUUGCAUGUUAAUGGGAGCAGCCUCCACAUCUGUGUGAUUUUCACUUGGCUAAUGAGUGGUAUUACAAAGAAAGUGUGCUUUGGGAGAGGAUUGCUCUAGGCCCACAUUUUUAGCUGCCUUACACAAAUAUGAAAUGCACUGGCAUUACAUACUGGGCACCAGCUGAAACUUCAAAGCUGAGGUGGAGAGCCUUGGGCUCAGGGGUCAAAAGGGCCCCUCCAGACCUCUCAAUCUGAUCCUUGGGAUUCUCCCAAGAUCCUACUCUUCUCCACCUACAUCCCAUCUCCCUUGGCAACACCCCUUCCUAGCCAUACUUUGCAUCCUUCUCUGGUGUUUUUUGCCUGAUGGGAACGAGUCUGUGAACUCUAAUAAUGGUUUUUGCUUGUUUGGAUGGAGGAUACAGAGGUGUGCGAAUGUGUAGAAACUAGACUUCUCUAUGAAGGCAACGUUUAUAUUCAUUGCUCUGCUCUGGCCCCUGCCCACCAGUGGCAUGUUGCCCCUGAAAGAUUGACCUGAACAGAAUGUGGGCUUGGGGCUGAAACUUUCCCCAUCUAAAGGAAGCCUUGGUUAUUUGGAUCCUUGUGAGAUCUUCAUCCUUAGCAAAUUGUGCUUAAGCAGGUUCUAAGAAUGAGGGUUCCUGAGCACUCAUUUUCUUCGUCUGAAAGCAAAAGUGGGGUGUCACAUAGAAACACUCCACACCGUUUCAGUUUUUCCUGGCAUAUAAAUAGGCAAAACAGUAAGGAGCAUGAUCAGAUUUCUAAACUGUCUUUUCAACAUACACAAUGAUACAGAAGUUUCCAGAAUAUACUUAUUGGAAGCUAGAUGCUAAUUGCAACAACACAGCAAAGAAGAAAUUGGGGGCUGCGUAAUUUGAUAUCUGUUUUAUAUGCAAAAUACAUAAUUUUCAUUUAAGUGAUAUUCAGAAAAUGGCCCACUUCACACAUAAUGGUAAUCUACAAUCAGAAAUGAACUAUGGCUUGUCAUGAACAAUCAAUCAUACCUGUUUCAGCUUGUGUACCUCAGAGAAACAAGCCAUGAGUUUUGGGCUCCGUAUUAAAGGGAAACCAGCACUUGUGGUUUGUUUUUUUGCAGAAAAACCAUGACUUGAAGCCAAGGUUUGUUCUUGGUUUAGCCAAACUUCAUGGUUUGUUUUUGCCACAGGCAGGCAAGGCACAGUUGAACAGUGAUACCGGCACACUGCUCAUUCAUGCUAAGCUAUGGUUUUAUUUCUGACCUGGAGUUACCUUUAUGGGCAAAGUAGGGCACUGAAAGAGGGUUGAUUGUGAAGUGGCUACAAAAGUCAAAAUUUUGCAGAAGCAGCAUUAAUGCAUGCAAAACCCUCAACUAAACUAUUAGCCCCUUUAGAGCAUACUGAGGGCUGCCUGGACUGUAUGUGCACAUUGGGGUAGCCCUUAAAAAAAACCAACUAUGAAUAAUUGUAGUGUUUUGGGCAGCUUAGUGGACUUAACUUUGCCAAAGAUUUGAUUUUUCAAAACAUGAUAAAACACUUAAAAAAAACCACCCCAAAUUUGACCCCAGCUGUUAUUGAUGAAGUUCUCACAAUGCUUAGUGUUCUUACAUUUCAAACACCUUUGAAAGUCUCUUUGACUCCUACUGGUUUAAAGAUUUGUGUAACUGCACUGUAAUAAACUAUAGUUGCAGUUCCUCCUUUUCUUCCCUAACCCAAACUCCCAACCAAGAAACAAGCUUCUGAAACACUGACAGCAGGAAAUUGGCUCUAAGGGGAUGAAAGUAGGCAGCAUGGUACAGUCUGGAUUUUUUUCUGGCAGAGAUGGAGGUGUAUCUGCUCUCCUUGGCUCUACAUUGAAAUAUAGUAAGUAAUCUAGUAUACUUGAAUUUAAUGGCCUUCCUUGGUGACAUGAGAUAUUGUGGGCUCCUUGUCUUAGAUUAGUGACAAAUAGCCAUUGUAUAGAUAUUAUACUAGUACCGUAUUUUUCGCUCUAUAAGACGCACCAGACCACAAGACGCACCUAGUUUUUGGAGGAGGAAAACAAGAAAAAAAAUAUUCUGAAUCUUAGAAGCCAGAACAGCAAGAGGGAUCGCUGCGCAGUGAAAGCAGCAAUCCCUUUUACUAUUCUGGCUUCUGUGAUAGCUGCGCAGCCUGCAUUUGCUCCAUAAGACGCACAUGCAUUUUCCCUUACUUUUUAGGAGGGAAAAAGUGAGUCUUAUAGAGCAAAAAAUACAGUACUUAAAUUUUGCUUGUCUACAGAAAUGCAGAUUACUGCACUAUAGAACAGUGAAAAGUUCUAUGAUUUGCUUUCGAAUUAGCAAUAUACUUAGAGAAGUAAAGCAUGCAGUGUUUAACAUUUAUCUGGUUGUAUGUAUAUAUUUCAUCCUAUUUCUUCACAUUUUGAGUCAAAAUGAAUAACACCUUUAUUAUUCAAUAUAUUUUUAGUGGUUAAAGGAUAAUAGUCAUUUCUUGGGGGAUGACAAAUGCCGUCCUGCCUAGCAAAAUUGCAGGCACACCAGGAUACUUGUAGUGCAUUAUUGAUGAAAAUCAGAACAUCAGGCAUUGCAUGCAUGGAAAUAAGCUCUUCUUGUUUCUAUUUCUAUUUCUGUUUGGGUUCUUUUUUUUUUGUUCUGUUUUUUAAACUUAGUAGACUUAUUCUCACUUGCCCUGAAGUAUGCAGAAUUUGGAGCAUUUCCACCUGUCCGUGCAUCUGUUUUUUCUGCUUUAGUUCUGUUGUUUAUACUUGAAAUAAUUUGAAAAAAAAAAGAUUUCACUUAGGCCUCUUCUGAUUCUCUUGCUUCUGCCUUUUCUUCAUCUUUCUUGACCUGUUGAAGUAGAAUAACAAAAAGAUGGUAAGUGAGGCGUCCCUGUGCUAUCAUCCACUCUUUUGCUUGGUGGGACCUUGUAGCCUCUUUUUUUGGGGUGCUUUAUAAUUUUCAUGUCCUGUCCACUUAUGUUCUGAAUACAUAACCAUUUUAAUCUUUCUUCAUUGCUUUCAUUCAGUAGCUAGUACUUACUUAAAGCUAUUGUACACAUCUUGCAGAUGUGACAUGCCCCAAUAAUUGCAGCUGCCUGUAGAGGCAAGGAAUCUGAAGGUCAGUAUCAGUGCUAGAAACCACUUGCCUUGAGACAUAACAAAAAUGAGUCAUCGAAAGCUACUUGCAUCUUGUCUGCUAUGUAGGCAAGACAUAUUAUAUGGAGAGUAUUAAAACCAAUAAUGUCAGUUCACACAUGCAAACUCGCCAUUUCUUUUUUUCUGAUGAUUCCUCUUGCAAUCCCCAUGGGGAAAUGCAGUGUGUCAAAUGGUGGUGAACUGUUCGCACAUAGAGCUAUUUCUACAAUCUCAUUAAUACAGCGGUUCCCAAAAGUGCAGAUGCAGAAAUCAUGUCUAUGAAGCGAACCUUCCUGCGAUUCCCCAUGCAGUCCUGCAUUCUAGGGAUACUCAAGGGAAAAAUUAACUGGCUUGUAUGUGUGAAUCUACCCUUAAUAUGUUCUGUGUCAUCGUGUUGCCAUAUAUUUAAUAUUUGUUCUUCUAAAUUGAAUACAGGAUUCUCAACAUGCUUCUUCAAGAUCAUGUCUGAAGCAUGUGCUAAAAGCUGUGAUUCGUUGCUCCUCUUGUUUGAUGUAGAUCAAGGGUUGUCAACCUGGUCCCUACCACCCACUAGUGGGCGCUUCAGGAUUCUAGGUAGGCGGUAGGGGGUUCUACGGCACAAGCUGAAUCCUCCUUCCAUCGGGCACUGGGGGGGGGGCAGUAAGGAAAUUUUACCAUCAAGAAAGAUGCGUCAGUGGGUGGUAGGUAUAAAAUGGUUGACUACCCCUGAUGUAGAUUGAAAAAAUAGUAUUUUUAAAGUAGCGUUAAUAGGACCAAGGCAGCAGUGGGGUAAAAUGAUAUAUUGAAUAUACUCUCUUUACCUUUCAGGCAGUUUUGCUUCUAAAUUUGUUAAAUGAAUUAUCUCCAGCAGACUAUUUUAACCACAACUGGUAUGAAGUUAAGAGCUAUAGUAGAGGUGCAGAAUUACAAUUUUAAAAAUCCUAAAAAGCACAGUAUUAAAAUCCUGCUUAGAGGAGGAUUUCAGUUUGGUUUUAAAGAUGCCUUUUCCACUUGCAUGUAAGUUCCCCAUAUAACAGAUAUAUUUAGGCUCAAAUAUUCCAUAGUUGCUGGAGAUCUGUUACUUUAUUUGAAAAUAAGGGACUUUACUGUUUAAAUCUCCCCCUGUUUUGAAGCAUGAGAAAAAAUUUAACUUUGUUCCUUUUUAAUAUCGUGUUAGUUAGGAUAUUGAUGGGAUAGGACACAAAAUAGAUUAGAGGUAAACUUUUUCUAUGCCUGUGUUCAUUGCAAGAAUGAUGCCAUAUCACUGACUUGCAGUGCAAAGUAUUUUUGGUAACUUCAGAAUAGAUCAGAGUUGCUUAAUCAUUUCAAAAAUGUCUUUAUAAAUCAAAAUUAAGUUAGGAAUGAAGUUCAUAUGUUUGUGGAGGAUAGUUUACAGACUUUGAAUAAGUGGUGCACAUUGCAGAAAUCUUCUGACUAAUAUAAAACUUCUAUUUUUUUCUCCUCAAUCAGUGUGGAAUUUGCAGUCCCUUAUUUGCUUUUGCUACUUGUUCCCUAUGCUUGUGCAGCACUCGUUAUUCCCAUUUAGUAAUGUGCACAAAAACAUGAAACAUGCAUGGAAAUUUUAUUCUGCUAAGCCCACCUAUUAUUGUGUGCAAUUUCACAUCACGUGACUUGUUCAUAUAUAAAUGUGUAAUAAAAAGUUGAAUGUAUUGGUCUAGAAUCUACAUGUAAACUAGGCCCUUUGUCCCAAAUUCCAUUUGAUUUUUAUAUACAUAGCUGUUUGUAGAGUUGUGCCUACUGUGUUUCUUUCAUUUUAAAUACCUUGCUAUGUUUUUCAUUCGGACAUGUAAGUAUUAUCCCUCUCCAUUGUAUUGUAAGACUGAAUAAUAAAAGCAGCUUCUUUUUAUAGUUUUUUUAAAGAGUUGAAUUCAAAAAAUGGUUUUGUAAAAUGUUAAUUUGCCAGUUUUCAUUUGUAACUUGUAGGAUCUUAUGGUUGGUGAUGAAGCAAGUGAGCUAAGGUCCAUGUUAGAAGUUAACUACCCCAUGGAGAAUGGCAUUGUCCGGAACUGGGAUGAUAUGAAACACCUUUGGGACUACACCUUUGGACCAGAAAAACUUAACAUUGACACAAAAAACUGUAAAAUACUUCUAACAGAGCCUCCUAUGAAUCCAACAAAGAACAGGGAGAAGAUUGUGGAGGUAGGUAUCUUGGAGCAGACCCUACUCUCUGUCUGAGAAAGCCCAGGUAGCAAUAUUCUUCAGAAGGAGUUAUAUUCUGUUUGGGGGCAGGGAAAACAGGUUUUAUCCAGGAUCAUGGAGUUACCUGUGUUCAGAACCUUCUGAAAUGGCAGUGGAAAGUUAGAUAUCCUUCAAUGCUUAGGAUGUUUUUCAGUGAAGUAAUUUGUCCUUCGUUUCUUUACUUUCCUAUGCUGGCUUAUUCUUGCAUGCUAAAGAGCAUUUUAGGUAAAAGGACCCCUGACCAUUAGGUCCAGUCGUGACCGACUCUGGGGUUGUGGCGCUCAUCUCGCUUUAUUGGCCGAGGGAGCUGGUGUACAGCUUCCGGGUCAUGUGGCCAGCAUGACUAAGCCGCUUCUGGCGAACCAGAGCAGCGCACGGAAACGCCGUUUACCUUCCUGCUGGAGCGAUACCUAUUUAUCUACUUGCACUUUGACAUGCUUUCGAACUGCUAGGUUGGCAGGAGCAGGGACCUAGCAAUGGGAGCUCCCCCCGUCGCGGGGAUUUGAGCCGCCAACCUUCUGAUUGGCAAGUCCUAGGGUCUGUGGUUUAACCCACAGCGCCACCCAUGUCCUAAAGAGCAUUUUAGGCCUUGUUAAAACAAGCGGAGAUGCAUUUUAAAUAAAAGCCCACCGUCUAUUCAUGUAAAAACACCAGGCAGGCCCCACAAAUCACCCAGAGAUGCAUUUUAAAUAAAAGGACACAUUCUACUCAUGUAAAAACACGCUGAUUCCCGGAUCGUCCGCGGGCUGGAUUUAGUAGGCAAUUGGGCCAGAUCUGGCCCCCGGGCCUUAGUUUGCUUACCCAUGCCCUAGAUGGAGAUUCUUGAUCAUCAGUUUAUUUGUAUGCCACUUUCCUAUAGCAAAUCCUGGCUUGGAACAUCAAUAAAGUUUGCAUUUCAAGAUAAUUCAGUAACCAUGAGAAAACAUGAAGGAAAUGCACUUUAAAAAACUAAAAAAAUUAAAGAUAGGAACAUCAUAUAAUGCACCGGUAGGGAUAGCUAUAAAGUGUUUAAUAGUGUUAGAUGGAAGGCCUUUCGUCACUUGUGUUCUGAAAACACUUCUAAUUUAACUAUUAGAAAUUUAGUAGUCUGCAAAAAUAGUUUUAGCAGUCUGUUAAAUAUUGACAAUUUUUCAGCAUCAAAAAGCAAUUCAUUUGUUCUGUGCUGCAUAUUAACUGAAUUGAGAUAUGUUAAAUUUAUGACAACUUCUUUUUGAACUUCCAAACAACUAUGAGCCAUGAACUAUAUGAUGGUCCGGGAAUCAGCGUGUUUUUACAUGAGUAGAAUGUGUCCUUUUAUUUCAAAUGCAUUUCUGCGUUAUUUGUGGGGCCUGCCUGGUGUUUUUACAUGAGUAGAAUGUGUGCUUUUAUUUAAAAUGCAUCUCUGGGUUAUUUGUGGGGCAUGGGAAUUUGUUCUUUCCCCCCCAAAAUAUAGUCUAGCCCACCACAUGGUCUGAGGGACGGUGGACUGGCCCACGGCUGAAAAAGGUUGCUGACCCUUCUCUAAAUGUUCAGAAGAUAAAAUCAUUUUUUGUACAUUGAAUUUUUAAAAGUAUGGACUGCUUCUAUGUUUGAGGGGUGGAGAGACUUACAGCGAUCUUUUUAUGACCUGUAAACCACACUUUUUUUGCAAAUACAGAUAAUGAAGUUGCCAAAUAGUGCUUUGUCAAACACUGACUUAACCUAUGAAAUUUACUGUGCUUUCUUCAAAUAAGAGAUAACUUUCAUUUUCCAGGUAAUGUUUGAAACCUACCAGUUUUCUGGUGUCUACGUAGCCAUUCAAGCCGUUCUCACUCUGUAUGCACAAGGUAAGUGUAAAUACUCAAUAGCAGUCAGUUGGGUGAGGCUGCACCACUCAGACUCCAGUCAUUUUCUUUUUGGUGUUUACUGGAAGGAGGGCCAAGGCAUUGGUACAAAUGCAUAAUUGGGAGUACUGGAUUGUCUCCUCUGGUGCAUUUGAACCUAACUGCUGCUUCACCCCUCUCUCUCUACCUACUAGAAAGCAACAAAGAUACAGGUGACAGGUUGGGUGAGAACUGCCACCCCACCUUGGCCGACUGCUACUGUAAAUGCUACUUUGUACUUAAGAUUUAUUUAUGUAUUAGCAAAAUUAGCCAUCCCAGCCCUAGCUAAUGGUAUCUUUCUCAAACAAUGUUGUUUGGAGGCCUUGUUCAAGCUUAAUUGCUGUGCAAGGAGAUCUUCAUGGUGUGCCACGAGUGACUAUGUUACAUAUCCGCAUGACCACUGCUCCAUGUGCAUUUUUCUAAUCUAUGGGUUGUGCUGAAGAAGAUUCCAGCAAAACAGUCAGAUCAUCCGGGAUCACUGCCCUACGUUGUUAUUCAAUUACUACUUCGGCACAAUUAACGCCUAAAAAAGUUUUACCGAUUAGCCCACAGGAUAGCAUCUAUUAUGUUUUUUCAACUAUAGACUUAUUAUACUUCCACGGACUUUCAAAGAUUGACACAUGUGUGUUCGUUUGAUUUCAAACAUAUUAGAGAAUUUACAAGUGUACACAUUUUGUUUUUGUUGUACUAAAUCAUGUAUAUCAUGCAAUAAGAAUUGCAGUGCUAUCUAAUAUACUGGUGUUGCUUGUAUUGUUUGUUGACGAGUGACUAGGAGGCAGCUCUGCCCACUGUGGCUUGGGCCACCCAUCCCUACUUUAAUUAGUAGCUAAAAAGCAUAGCUAGUAGUACUUCUGUUCUCUAAAGUGCACUCUUUUCUAUUGCUAAUUGAGAGACUACUGCUAUCUCAUAAUUAGGGCAGAGAGAACACUAUGACAUGUAUUAGUCUGAACUGCAUGUUGCUUUACUCUUGGGUCAAGUUAAUAAUUUUUUAUGGAAGCAAGCUACUUCAUGUAUUGAUUGAAAAGGCUCAAAAGCCUAUUCAACUGGCCGCUUCAUUUACUGAGACUAGAGGAAGACAGCUUGACUUUUGGAGCCUGAAGAAAAUAAAACUUGUAUCCAAAUACAAAUGGAACCAUGAUGCAUGCUUGAUGAAAGUUGUUCAAGCCAGAUGAUGAUUAUAAUGAGCUUGCAUUGUAAAGUAUAUGAAAAAACGACUAUUAUCAGCAACAUGCUCAGCUACUAAAAUAUAUAUUUCCAUUCUCCAUGUGUGCAGGACCAUCCUUCAUACAUGGAGAAUGACAGUAUAUAUUUUUCGUGGCUCAGUAUGUUAGGUUACACGUUUGAAAUGCUAGCUGGUAUUUUCCACUAUGAUGCCUUUGUUUCCUUGAAGGAAAUAAGCAAAAGCAAUCUGCAUCAGGCCUAUAAAAGAAAGGAAGACUGCGUAAAAAACGACACUAGGAAUGUGCCCAAAUGUCUUCUUUAAUAGUUUGAAUAAUAAUUAUUUCUACGCUGUAGUGUGAAAGCCCUAAAAUGUUAUAGUAGCAUGCUUUUCAUCUUGAGGCAGAAUGACACUAGCCAUUCUUGAUAUCUUCAUAUGGUGGGAUAUAAAUAUAAUAACACAACUGAAUUUAACUUACUUUUUGCUCAAUGUGGACACUGUACCAUGAUGUUAGUUUCACAGGCUUCAGGAAUAAGCCAUUCAAGAAGUGGCAGUCCCAGUCCCUAAUCUAGAUAACUCUUCCAGGAUUAUACUUUCAUUGUCUGUGUCACAAGCCACGGAGAGAUUUGGGAGAAUCUGUAGGCUCAUGCUUUCCUCUGACCUUCUCCCAGCAUACAGACCAAGGCUAGUUUUGUUUCCUAGACUUAAAACCAGGAUCCAUAUUGACAUGCUCUCAUGUGCUUUGCCAUUAUUCUUGUUCAGGUUUACUUACUGGUGUUGUUGUGGAUUCUGGAGAUGGUGUUACUCAUAUUUGUCCAGUCUAUGAAGGCUUCUCUCUUCCUCAUCUCACGAGAAGACUAGAUAUUGCUGGUAGAGAUAUUACCAGAUACCUCAUCAAGGUAAGCUAGUGGUGUUGAAUCUGAGCAGAAUGCAUGUUGUUGUUGUUGUUGUUGUUGUCGUCGUUAUUCUUAUUCUUAUUCUUAUUCUUAUUAUUUCCAAGAAAAAAGAAAACUUUCCACAUAUACACUCCAAUACACAAUAUACAUUUUCCAUGAUGAUUUUGUUUUCUGCCCUUUGUUGCACCCUGUCUAUCUCUUAUGUCAUAACAGUAUUACAGUAAGUCCUAAUUCUUUGUUGCUCAUACUUAAAAUCCUACUUGCGAAUUCAUCAAACUAUAAUAUUUAUUUAAAUAGUCCCAAAAAGGCUUCCAUUAUUCCACAAAACGGUCAUCAAUUAAUUUUAGCUGUUAACUUUGCCAUUUCUGCGUAGUCCAUCACCUUAUCCAUCCAUAUUUCUUUUGUGGAAAUUUCUUCUUCCUUCCAUUUUUGAGCAUAUAAAAUACCUGCUUCUGUCGUAACGUACAUAAACAAUUUAAUCAUUUUUUUAAAACUUCUGUCCCUAUAAUCCCUAAAAGGAAAGCUUUAGGGUGUUUUUUAUUGUACAGUGGUGCCUCGCAAGACGAAAUUAAUCCGUUCCGCGAGAGUCUUCGUCUAGCGGUUUUUUCGUCUUGCGAAGCAAGCCCAUUGACGGAUUAGCGCUAUUAGCGCUAUUAGCGGUUUAGCGGCUAUUAAAGGCUUAAAGGCUUAGGGGAUUAGCUGCUAAAAGGCUAUUAAAGGCUAUUAAAGGCUUAGCAGAUUAGAUAAAGGGGGAAGCGGAAAAAAUCUCAAGACUCGCAAGGUAUUUUCGUCUUGCGAAGCAAGCCCAUAGGGGAAUUCGUCCUGCGAAGCAACUUCAAAACGGAAAACCCUUUCGUCUAGCGGUUUUUCCGUCUUGCGAGGCAUUCGUCUUGCGGGGCACCACUGUAUAAUCACUUGAAACAUAUUUUUUAUCUCAUCAUAUAUCAUCCUCUAAAACAUCCUUACUUUCCUACAAUUCCAUCAUAUGGGAAAAAGGAUCCUCCUGCUUGUUUACAUUUCCAACAGUUCUUAGGAACUUUCUUAUACAUUUUAGCCAAUUUACUAAGUGUUCUAUACCAUCUAUACAUCAUUUUCAUAUCAUUUUCUUUUAUAACAUAACAAGCAGUAAAUUUCAAAUUUGUUUUCCAUAACUUUCCCCAGACAUUUAUUUCUAUAUUAUGUGCUAGAUCCUUGGAACAUUACUGAUUUAACUGUUUCAUUCUUCAUCUCCCAUUUCAAUAAUAGAUCAUACAUUUUUGACACCUGGGAAUUUCAGUCUGGGUUAUCCCCGACAAAAAGGACUCUGUUGUUUUUGGGAAAGUUAUACUUAAACGUGUUUUUCAAUUCAUUAUAAAUCAUUUCCCAGUACCCUUUUACGUUUUCACGUGUCCAUAGCAAACUAAAUUGCUGGACCUGAAAACUCAGUUCCCUUAACCUAUGUAAUUUGAUUAUUUUCUUAAAAGUCAUGCUUUUAUCAGCUUGUCUUUCAGAAGCCUGCUUAUUUUAAAAAGCUAUACAGUAAGCCUGCAACUUACACGCAUUUAAUUUGUGUGCAUUCAGCUUUACAUGUGUGGCAAUUUUUUUUAAGGGGUGGGGGCGGGGUUCCAGGGAAAAUGACUUUGGCAGUCCCGACCAUCAUUGAACCCAAUGGGGUUUGAUUAGAUGCAAUUUUGGCUUUAGGCACAAUUCUUGGAACGUAACUCCCACGCAAGUUGUGGGCUUACACUAUGUAGAAGGGAGAGCACUUUUCAGAUUUGCCACUAAUUAACUUACUUUCAUGCCAGCUGCUUUUACUACGAGGAUAUGCCUUCAACCAUUCCGCUGAUUUUGAGACUGUUCGUAUGAUUAAAGAAAAGCUGUGCUAUGUGGGCUACAACAUUGAACAGGAGCAGAAACUGGCCUUGGAAACUACUGUGCUAGUUGAGUCCUACACGGUGAGUAUGUCACAGGCUUAAGCUACCACACUUAGGCACUACUUCAAAUGCUGAUUUGAGUGAAGCCUCUUCUUCGAAAGCAAGGGUAGCCAACUCUCAAGUGACUGUGUUCUACUUUCAGAAUUAAAAACGGGCAGUGAUCUAUCCCCGUUUUUGGGGAGUUCAGCUCAAAGUUGUUGAGGAAUAGAAAAGCGCCGUUUUUAUAGGAGUUUUUUUUAAAAAAGCUUUUUGAGGGGCAACUUCUGUUUUUUUUGGGGGGGGGUAAAGGCAAGGGACAAAGGAGUGAAGUCACUCACAGGCACAGGUCAAAUCCGUGUCCAGGGCAGCUGUUUACCAGCUCCAUCUGGUACGCAGGCUGAGACCCUAUCUGCCUGUGGAAUGCCUUUCCAGAGUGGUGCAUGCUCUGGUUAUCUCCCGCUUGGACUACUGCAAUGCGCGCUACGUGGGGCUACCUUUGAAGGUGACCCGGAAACUACAACUAAUCCAGAAUGCGGCAGCCAGACUGGUGACUGGGAGCGGCAGCUGAGACCAUAUAACACCGGUCUUGAAAGACCUACAUUGGUUCCCAAUACGUUUCUGAGCACAAUUCGAAGUGUUGGUGCUGACCUUUAAAGCCCUAAACGGCCUCGGUCCAGUAUAUCUGAAGGAGCUUCUCCCCCCCAUCGUUCUACCCGGACACUGAGGUCCAGCACCGAGGGCCUUCUGGCGGUUCCCUCACUGCGAGAAGCCAAGUUACAGGGAACCAGGCAGAGGGCCUUCUAGGUAGUGGUGCCCUCCCUGUGGAAUGCCCUCCCACCAGAUGUCAAAGAGAACAACACCUACCAGACUUUUAGAAGACAUCUGAAGGCAGCCCUGUUUAGGGAAGCUUUUAAUGUUUGAUGUAUUACAGUAUUUUAAUAUUUUUUUGGAAGCCGCCCAGAGUGGCUGGGGAAGCCCAGCCAGAUGUGCGGGGUAUAAAUAAUAUAUAAUCAUCAUCAUCAUCAUCAUCAUCAUCUCUAUGGAUGAAAACAGCAGCACAGAGAAAGCUCCGUCUUCCCUUCCAGAGAUCGUACAACGAUGGAGGGCGGGGCGAGGGGGCAGGGCAGGAGUCAGUUUUAGCGACACUAAGGAAAGGGAGCCGGAGAUCGACCGUGAUCUACCAAAACCUCACGGGGAUCUUCCAGUAGAUCGCGAUUGACCUGUUGGACAUCCCUGUUCUAAAGUGUUCAUUGUUCAAAUGGGCUGCCUUGUUCCAAAUUCUGUUGAAAACAUGUUCCUUAAGGCUUAAUAAAAGCUGAUGUGUCAUCUGAAGACAUUACCACUUGGUGUGCCAUUUGCCUAUCACUGUCUGUCUAACUCAUGUCUUUUAUGCUCCUAACUACCUUAGACAUACAAUUUAACCACUUUCUUGGAAAGAGCAGGAAGCAAAUGCUUCCAGUUAAUGGUCACCUGCCUCUGUUUUUGCCUCGUUUUGUCUCAGCUACCUUGUUGGGGUUGUGUUUUGUUGUUUUUUAAACUGUUGUAAGACACCUUGGAGGAUUUGUCGACAGGCGUGAUGUAAUUUUAAAAUGAUAUCAUUUAAAAUUAAGAGCUGGAAGAGAGAGAAGAUUGGAGUGUUAUUUUGCCAGGAGACGCAAUACUGGGUCAUGAUAACAGCCUGUCUUGCAUCAGCUGUGCUUUCUGGUCAGAAGUCAGAGAAAAAGCCACACAACAACUGCUAUGGUGGCUGUAAGCGAGGCUUUAAAGAGCUGUCAGACUCCUGGAAUAAAACCACCUUUUACAUGUGUUUGUGGGAGGGGGACUAAUUGUUUUGUUUUUGUUCUAACUAUUUAUUAGUGCUUUUAUAUUGUGCUUUUAUAUUGUCUUUUUCUCUUGUAAACCUCCCUGAGAGCUUCAGAGAAGGGUGGUAUAUACAUUUAAUAAUAAGAAUUAGAAUUAGAAUUCAAGUGGAGAGAGAGCCCAAACUACAAGUGCAUCAAAAUGAGAUUUGGUAACUUUCCUCCCAUCACACAUUUGGACCAACUUGGGACUGCUAGAGGGGAUUCCAGUGAUUUAUCUGAACACUGUCAGUAUUUUUUUUUUAAAAAAAACUUUUAUUAGUUGUAAUUUAACAGUAAUUUUAUCAGUAACAUCAGACGUUCUGUUCCAUAGCUUCCAGACGGCAGAAUUAUUAAGGUUGGUGGCGAACGGUUUGAGGCGCCAGAAGCUCUGUUCCAGCCUCACUUGAUCAAUGUGGAGGGAGUUGGUGUCGCUGAACUGCUGUUCAAUACCAUCCAAGCCGCUGAUAUUGACACCAGGUAGGACCAGGAAAAACUAGCGCACUCAAAUCUGUGUGAAGGUAGAAGAUGGGACGGGCAGUUUCCCGAUGUUGCAUGGAUGUUGUGUUUAAAGAGAUGAGUAUAUGAAAAUACAAUUAAGAUUCAAAGACUAGGCAGAAAUGGCUACCAAUCAUCUGUACAGCAUUUACUACUCCUGUCUUGCUGCAGAAAGACAAUCCUCAAUGGGAAUGUUUAAGGGACAAUUACUGCAUCUUUAAUGUUGGUUUCUGUUCCCCUUUUUGGAAGUGAAAACAUGUCUUUCACACUGGUGUCGCUGCAGUCACGCUCAUUGUUUACAGAAGUGUGUUUCAUCUUUAGGUCUGAGUUCUAUAAGCACAUUGUGUUAUCUGGAGGUUCCACGAUGUACCCAGGGCUGCCUUCACGACUGGAACGUGAACUUAAACAGCUUUACCUAGAACGGGUCCUGAAAGGUGAUGUGGAGAAACUUUCAGUAAGUAGCCUUCAAAUAAAUCCUAAAUUAUAUACAGGACCGUCACUAGAGGGAGCAAGGUGGUCAAAAAUAGCGUGGGACUGUCGAUUGAGUUUAUAAACUUUGAAUAAACAACUGCAUGUUGAGAUUACAGUUGUUUGUGAAAUUGCUUUAAGCUGUUCAGCGUCUUGGAUUGUACUUAAGUACACUGUGACUAACUUUCUAGAGUUCUCUCUAGAAUGGCAUCUCAGUAGAGAAGUGGUAUCCAAACUUUUUUCAAAGAGGGCCAGAUUUGAUGAAGUGAAGGGCCGUGAGGGCCGACCCAAGUUGUUAACCUUUUUUAGGAUUGAAGUUGUUGAGCUUCUUUUAGGGUUGAAGUUGUUGAGGUUUUUUUAAGGAUUUUACCCCAGGAAAUAAACUGCCACAGGGGCCGGAUUAAACUGACCAGCGGGCUGGAUUAGGCCCCCGAAACAGAACUUGGCCAUGCCUGCAGUAGAGGAACUGCUAAGUUGGAACAAUGAGGAGAAACUGGUUUUGCUUUGUGUUGUUGUGCAUUUCAUUACAUACAGUAGAAGUUUAGUUUCCUGAAGCUCUUAGGUGGUCUUCAUCCUUCAUAAAACAAUUAUUUAACCCAGGAUGGCCAGGGUGCAUGUUGUAUACAGUCCCCUGAAGGAAUUUCUGGCAGCUCCUGAAGCUUCCCAACAGUGAUCUUAAAACAAGAGAAAAUUUUAAAAUCCCCCAGCAGGCGGCAUGGACCCAGUAUUGUGCUGGUCAUACUGGACAGAUUUCAGCCUCUCCACUGGUCCCCUAAGGUGCCUCUUUUUACCAUUGCAGAGGGGCACCUUCUCCCUUGGGUGCAGUGUUCUUGUUAGAAGUUCUCAGAGAGGCUUAGCAAAUGGGAAGAAGCACUGCUUCCUUGUUCCUCUUUAAGAACAUCUGACAAUGGCACCAGCUGAGAGCAUGUAUGUGUUUAUAUGAAUGUGCACACAUACUGGAAUGUGGCCCUUGGAGGGUGGCAUACCUUUAAUGUGGCCCUUGAGCAGAGAAAGAUUAGCCACCUCUGCUUUGACCUAUCCACAUCAGUGGCGUAGAUUAGAAAAUGUUCCAGUGCUCAAUCUUUCUGCAGGAAAACUUCCGUUUCAUGUGUUUGUUGGUACCAAUGAAUGGCUACUGAUUCAAUUUUAUUUUGCAGUCUUGGCAGUUUCAAAGUUUCUAGCUUGGUUUACUGAAAAUAAGUAAAAUAAACCUGCUAAAUUAGAUCACUCUGUGAUGUGAAAUAUUUGACCCUCUGGAAAUUGCUGGGCUUUUGUUCAGGUUUCCAGAAAUACCAAACACCACUGUGUUCUCAAAAUUACAUGUGAUCUGACUUCACAUUUGUGAGAUCAACCUUGAUUUCUUUCUUACUAGCAUCAGUUAAUUUUCUAUAUUAUAAAGCUACCUGCUUUAUGGGAUGACUUUGUAACAGGUUAGAUUUAAAUGUGAAUGGAUUAAUCACGGCAUUGGUUGGGCAGCAUAUUUUUACAGCACAAUUUUUAAUACAAGUGUUUAUACAAAAUGUAGGUGACAUAGGAGGAAUGCCUUAUAAAUUGUGUGCAUCUAAAUGUAUCAAAAAUAUUCUUGCUUCACAGACAUUGUGUAUAUGCAGGUUAAUUGACUUAAUUUGUGCACACUGGGUUGCAACUCUACAGUAUGUCAUAUACAGAGCUUCCAAAAUACAGUGCCUUACCAAUUACAGAACUUAAAAAAGCCUAUAUAUUAACAUUUUUUAUAUUCUAAUAUUUACAUAAUACUUCGGUUAAUUUUGUGGCUUAAUACGUAUAUAAUUAGACAUCUGCAUUAUACUCCGCUUGCAUAUUGGAUAAGGUCAUUGAUUAUAAACUAGUCUCUUAGUAUCUCUGUCCACAACUACUUUUGCGAUUGUUCUGGAUCAGAACAUAAGGAAAAAGUUUCUGAGCAGAGAAUACAAGGCAUGCUAUGUUUUGCUGGUGCCCUUGAGUCCAGUUCUACAGGGAGCCAAACCCAAAGCUGGGGGAAUAGAUUGGAGGUCUAACCUGUGCUAUAACGCUUCAGGGAAAUAAGGCAAAAUGUAGAAUGCUCCCCUAUCUUGCCAAAUGCAUCCACAUAAAGAUAGUUUACAGAUUCUCCUGCUAUCUAAACCUGAUUUUUUAUAAUAUAUGUAUAUAUCAGGGUUGUUUUUUUUAUGUAAUAGGCUACAAGUUCAGAUAAAUCCAUUAGAAAAAGACAAAAUUGGAACUACAGUUCAGUUUCUAAUUUGCAAUCUUUCCCAUAAUCUCCCAAGCUAUAGCUGUUUUAUACAUGGUGUCUACUAUUAUUCCAGUACUGUAGUCAUUGACCAUCCAGAGAGAAAGAGCUGUUUGAAUGCCAGUUCUGCCAUUCUUAACAGGUUUUACAGCUUUGCUCCAUAACCUCUAGUAAUGCUGCUUUAUCAUCUUUUCCCAUUAAGAAAUUUAAGAUUCGUAUUGAAGAUCCACCUCGUCGAAAGCACAUGGUAUUCCUUGGUGGUGCGGUUCUAGCAGACAUCAUGAAAGACAAAGAUAACUUCUGGAUGACCAGACAAGAAUACCAGGAGAAGGGAGUACGUGUGCUUGAGAAACUUGGUGUGACGGUUAGAUAAACUCUGGAGCUUGCUCCCAUCGCAGCUCCAAUGCUCGCAUUCCUUUAUUGCCAAUCUUUGAACUCAUUCAGCUAUGUGACACGGAAAGGCCUGUCUCUGCCCUUUGACCCAAGGGCUAGGUUUUGUUCUGGUUCCUUUGUUAGAUAUUUUAAAUGUGGCUAUAUUUGACUACUUAAUUGGACCACUUCUCAGCAAACAAAACAAGGGCACGAAUAGCCUGUCUGUCACAUCGUUCCUUCCCAGUAGGCAGUUGGGUAAUUCCAGUAGCUUUUUCUUGGGUUAUUGCUAUAAUGCUGUUGGCAUUUGUCUGUAGCUCAUCAUGGAUGGAACCUUUUUUUAGCACGAGAGAACCUUUGGACAAACAGCUCUUUACUAUCAUGUGGUUGUAGUGAUUUAUCUUUGCAUCUUUUUGCCUUUAUCCCAUGCUGUUCAGUGUCUUUAUAUUGUAAGAACUCUGAAAUCAGUGUCUUUAUAUCUUGCUUAUGAUCUCUUAAAUUGGAUCAAAUGGCAAACAUUUUUUUAUUCCCCGGAAUAUUUUGGGGUCUGAAAUUGUUUCACGUGAAAAUUGAUUAUGUAUCCUUAAUCAGAUGGCAGAGUUAUGAGGAAACUAAAAUAGAAAUUUGCCUGUCUGUUGUCGCAAAUUAAUUAUCUUAACUGCCUGCACUUCUCUCUCUCAAAUGUAUAUUUCUAGCUUAAUGAUUUGGCACUAGGUAGUUUUUUUCUCCUAUGGAAUGCAUACAGAGCUUCUUGCAUUUUUUUCCCUUUCUUUUUUUUGGUACUGUGAUACCAUCUUUUAUUAUCAUUGGGGCUUAAAGACUUUUUUUUUUAAUGGGUAACAUUAGAAUGUCAUCUGGGACUGGAUUCCUGGAUAUAAUCUAUUGAAAGUAGUAUGUUUAAAAAAAAACCUGAACUUUAUUUACUGGUACAAAAUUAGAGAAAAACAGAAUUGUAUUAAAUUUGAACACACAGUAACACAGUGCCAAGUAAUUAUUGCUUUUUUUAAAAUUAAAAAAAAAUAUAAUUGUUAAAUGUUAUUUAAAAUCACCCACAUAUUUAUAUAUGGAACUGUGAGGUAGGUUGUGAGGAAUGACCUAUAUUUGUAGCGGUUAAAAAACCCCACAUUGGAAUAUUGGCAUUGUAGUAAACUGGUAAAUACUCAAAAUUUACCUGUCUAAUCUUGACUCUGGGAUAAAAGGAAAUAAAAUAAGUAUUUGAAAUACUGUUUCAUUAAAGUCGAAUGUACCACUGAAGAAAGGUAUAGUGAUUAUUGACACCCUUCGAAGUAACAUCCACCAGGAAUGGCGGAAGACGAAAGCUGCUUUCUCACCAGAGCAUUCUUGGUAAUUUGUGGUGUUCCAUACAUGUGCAUAAAAAGGAAAGCCUGUCAAAAAGAUGGGUGAAGCAGCUUCAGACAGAAAGAAGUACAACACACACAGGGCAACUGUUCCAUGUGAAUAAGGGUGCCCUCUAAUUUCUGUUAAUAUUUUCUCUUUUUGUGUGUGCCUUAAGCAUACCUGUUGAAAGCAAGUGCUAAUGUGUGCAGUGCCUCACACAAGAUGGGUUCGGCUUCAGCUAGUAGUAGCAUGUACAUUGUGAGUGCCUUUUGCUGGUUCCAACUCUCUGCUUUUCAUUCCUCCUUGGUUUGUGAGCUUUUACUCUACCUUUUCCCCCUAGGUGAAAAUCCCAAACAGGAACACAAACUACAGGGUUAACCCUUGUUUUCUACUAUGAGAAGCACUGAAAUAUGGUAAAAUAAACUAGAUAACCGGUAUCUAAGUACAUAAGAUCUACAAAUGCCAACUUUGACAAGUGGCUGGCAACAAACACUGACUCAGAAUUGUCAGCCUUUUACUGUGUGGGAUAAUAUGGUGUGGGUGUUCUUGCAAUAAUGUGUGCUGUUGAACCUCAGCAUAAUUUUUAGAGUUUGAGGGUAAGUUCACUCCAACAUAACAGCCCCCCCCAAAAAAAAUUUCAGAAGAGAGAGAAAGAAGUUAAAAGGC